AUGGCGUUCAAGGAAAAACUUGAAAUAUUUACAUUUUGUACAUAUAUAGCAACAAAUUCCCAACGUCUGGAUAUAUUAAAAAAAUGUUUAUAUGCGUUUGGAGGGAAAAGUGACAGACGUCAGGUCGUUGUUCGCGCCAAAAAAAUAAAUAUACGAACGUUGUCUAUGGCUUACUCUUUGAUCGGCGAAGUGAGUGUGUUGAUCAAUAAAGUUUUUACUACGACCAUUUUAUUUUCUGUUACUUCUGCGUUUACAUACAUAUUACUUACGAUAUUUGGUUACUUUUAUUUAUUUUACCGUAAGGGAAUCACUUCAAACUAUAUUAUGGUUGUUGUAAUAAUGUGGUGCGGUAUGGAAUUCUUUUUUGUUAGUGUUAUUGCUUUUAUUUGUGAGAAUGUAUUAACAUCAAGAGAAGAAUUAAAAAUCAUAUCAAAUGACAUAAUAAUGAACUAUGCAUUGCCGAAAGAGGUUCGGAACGAAGCUAAGAUAUUAUCGAACGCAGUGGAAGCGUGGCCGUUACGUUUUUCAGGGUACGAAAUGUUUUUUGUUGAUAAGAGAUUGUUGCUUGCUAUUAUUAGCUCUACUACGACGUAUUUAAUAUUUAUGAUACAGAUCUGUCAUUUUUAA